AUGUGGAGCUGCUGCUGCCGCCUGUCCAGCCUCGCUCUAGCCUGCCCGGCCCCGCAAACGACGCAUACGCCAUACCUCCCGCAGGCAGGAGAGCUAGACGCGUCGUCGCGUAACACGCCCGCGUCGGCUGCAUCCUACAUGGCCCUUCGCCUCACCGGCUGGCUCGAGGACACUUUCACGACCGAGCUGCUGCUGGGGAACAGCUGGCUGCAGCAGAAGAACGCCGCCAAGGAACAGAAUCUUGCGCCCGAGCCCCGUCGCAAGUGGGCGGGCCUGUACCGCGACGACGGCUCCAGCCUGGACAUAAUCAACCACAUCCACCCAGAGCGCAACAGCUGCUUGCAGCUCCUGCAGGCACGUCUGUCUCGAAGCACCAACUCGCCUCUCGCCCUCACUGACGGCCACAGUGAAGUCGCUGCCCAGUUCACCCCCCAGUGCCUUCGAGACCUCCGUGCCCGCUAUCCGCACAGAGACUUCCCCCACGCAGCAUCCCUACCACCUGCCAUCCUCGUCCGCAAGUACGCGAUCCGACACACCUCGUACGGCCCCCCGCGCCAUCACCUCUGCCUCAUCCUGCACGCUGUCGACUGGGUUGGUGGUAAUCAUACCGUGGCCUACAACAGAGCUCGGCUGUCACCUAUUCACUUGUCUGAGACAGUAGGCGCAGUAUUGGAGCAGCUCCACCACACCAGAGCGCGUGAGGACCGCAGGUGCUUGCGAACUGGAGAAGAACCAGAGCACGAAGAAAUGCCUCGAACUGCAGAUGGGAGCGAUGGCGCGUCUGCUGGCGACGCCACGCUGCACACCCAGUUCGCGUACGGGACCCAGGUCACACAUCCUGUGCGCUCUCGAGCAGUCGACGGUGAACCACAAGUCUUGGGUGUCAACCGCAUGGAGCCUGUCUUGGCUGGAAACACCCAAAGGAAGGAACUCCGCCCAAAGGCACCCAUUUCGGAGUAUGAGAAACAAAUGAAGUUACUGAGUCUCCUGGGCCAAGCUGCACCAACAUCUGCACAUGGAGCCUCCAACAACAAGCAGCAAGGCGAAUCCGCACAAUUGAUUGCUGAGCAGUCGACACGACCACUCGCGACCUCGCAUCAGCCACGUGCGCCACCAGAAACUGUGCUGGGGAAAAGGAGACCAACUGCAGCCUCACCUGAGCCUGUCCGGGGCAAAAAACGAAUGCGCGACCCUGAACGAGUCUCUCCCGAGGCUGCAGACGCUGAAACACAACACAAGCAGACUGAUUUGGAUCAGAUGGACGCCCUUGCGUCGGCGUGCUCCUGGAUGACGGGCUUCAAGCUCACUCGCGCGACGUCUAAAGUCCCUGACGACCAGGAGUACAUCCUACAGAAGGAGGAGAGUUGGCGGAAACCUCAACCUGGGAAUCGAUUUCCAGACCACAACAUACCCAGCAAAACCUGGCAGUUUCUUUGGAGGCUUGCUGACGAAACUGCCGCUGUGAAUACCGGUGCUGAUUCCGAGAGUGAGAUUGAUCCUUCACCCGAUUCCAUUAUUGAAACCCUCGACCCUUCCCCAGAUUCGAUUCUCCAGGUCACUCAACAAGAAAUCCCAACAAGCCAGGUGUCUUGGUCGGCCUCGCCUUCUCCGGAACCCCAGCCUGUACGUCCAGCCAGAUCCUUCCAGGAUCUGCCUCCUGAUUCCAGUUUCGAAGAUGUCGUGACACCUAAGAUUGACAACGUUGUGCAACAUGAAAAAUUGUCCAGUCAAGGAUCACAAAGACCCAUCGUCAUGACAUCAUCAAAUGAGAAAGAGCCCAGCGUUCCGUCUUCGUCCCCUCCAGUUGCAGAAGCAUUCAACGACCAUGAUGACGCGAUGGACGUGGACAUGGAGAUGGAAAUAUCGGUACCCCAAGGCCUUGGAGAAGAUGUAAUGGACCAACCACACACACGGCAAGUUGAAGCUCAGGCCUUAAAGCCGAAGUCACCUCGAUCAAGGUCUAUCGUACUGGUGAAAGAGACUCCUUAUGUGAAACGUAGAGAUGGGCACGUUGCUAUGCAUACCGACUCUCCAUCCGUACAAAAGGCCAAGGCAAACAGUACUUGGAGGGAUCCUUCGUCUACGUCAAUUGUUUUCGGAACGUACAAUCAACCUAAAACUUUGGGUUCCGCAGGCGAGGAUCGCCGUGACAAACUUUCUGCUGUUGAUACCGAAAUCAAACAAACUAGCACAGGGGGACCGCGUAUAAAGAUAGAACAGCAAGCCCAUGAAAUUAGAGUCAAGCAAAUGGACCACAAUGCGGCUAAGCCCAUGCUCAGCCUCAAUAUGACCAAAGACAGGAAGUCAUCACUCAGCGCACCAGGGCAGCAAGACGGGGCGCAUCAAGCACAGACUGUGCGGAAAGAAGUGAUGAGCAAAGAAACACAUGAUUUACCCCCAGAAUCGACUCCUAUAUCUGCUCAAGUGCCCUUGCCCGAUUUGAGCUCAUCAAGUGGACAAGUCGUAUCGAGCCUGGAGAAAGAGUCUGAGCCUCCACCACGUAUCAAAGUAUCUUCGCCGAAACGUACGGCACCUGCUCCAGAGUCUGCAAAGCGCAAACUGGACCACUCUCCGUCGAAGAGGAGUAGCCGCCACUUGAAGAGACGAGAAAUCAAGAUUGUGGGAUUCGGCGAUGAUGCUCCCUUGUCCAUCGACACAGCAGCUGCUUUGCGCAAAGAACGGGAAGAGUCGCUGUCGAGAUUUCGCGCGGAACGAAAAUCCAGUGUAGGUGUUGUACAUCGACCAGGUUCCGCAAACAAGGCCCCGGUGCAACGAGAUGAUGUCUCGAUGGCGGGCAAUUCGCCUGAUGUGUCACCUAGUACCGCAAAUGCACGCGCAAUGUCUCCUCGUCAUCUGGGUCUCUAUGAAGAUCCCAGUCCAAUCGUACGGCCUGUGAAGGAUCCAGCCCCUUCGGAGCCGGCUUCAAACAGCUUCGAUAACCUCGAUCUUUCCAAAACCGAAGGCACUAUUUCGAGUCAAGAACAAACUGAUAAUCUCCCAGCCCAUGGGGCUGAGCCAGAUUCUAACCUGAGCAUCUCAUUGAAGCCCGAAAAGCAACGUAUCCAACACGAGCGAAAGUCUUCCCUACCAGCAAUAGAAGUACAAUCUUCCCCCACAGUCAAAAGUCCACCAACCCAAGAUCUCAAACCCCGUUCAAUCUUCCAAAGCUUCAAAGCGGCUUAUCCAGAGUAUACAGGAGACAUCAAACACUUCGCCGAGCAAUGCACGCAAAUGUAUACCCUAGAUUUGAAGGACAGGAUGGUUCCAAAGUGGCAAUGGGACGACUUCAUAAUCCGCAGCUUAACAGACUUCAAAGACUACGCAAUCGCGCGCUUGAUGGGCGGCCAAGUUGUCGGCGAAUACAUCCACUUCUACAAAGACAACAUCCGAAACACGACAUUCCAAAAGGACAUCAUCACAAACAGAAACACGCUGAUAAAAGCCAUAGAGGAACUCGGACACCAGCCUCCCGCGCCAGAACAUCCUGCCGCACCCACACAGCCUCCAGCACCCACACGCCCUAUCCAACAACCCCAACCCCAACCCAAGCCCUCCCCCCUCCCCCACAAACCCUCCAGAGCCUCCCUCCCCUCCCCCGCCCGCGCUCACAAAGCCCCCACAAAAUCCCGCACAAACGGCACCCGCCCCCGCCACUCCCUCCCCGCACCCUCCUCGCACAACCCACGCGUCCCUAUCACCCCCCUCCCCACCCGCUCAACACCCCGCACAAACCUCCUCGCCCGCCUGGCCACAGACGCAACGCCCGCGACGCGCACCCAUGGGACGCCCGACCCUGCGCGUAGCAACGGCGAUGCGUAUCGUGAGUUUGUUGAGGGGUGGACGAGGAUGACGGCGUUUACGGGGAGUUGUGAUGUUGACUCGAAGGCGGCCUGGCCGAAGAAUCUGUUUGUUAGGCGGUCGGUUGGGGAGCGGUUGAGGGAAUAUGGGAGGGGGGAGGACGAUGUGCUGAGCUGGGGGGAUGAACUUUAG